GAGGGCGACGUUGACUGGGAGAGCGAGGCAGAGAGGUGCCGCCAUGGACUCUUCUACAAGGAAGCAUCUGCCUCCGGUCUCCGCUGCAUGAAUAAUAUCCCCGUGGUGGGAAAACCUCAUUGUGUACAUGCCAUGGAUGAAGACAAUAUCACGUACAGAUGCGUGUUUAAUGAAGAGUUCAAAUACAUCCUCCUGCCCGUGUGCUACGGGAUCGUCUUCUGCGUGGGCUUCGUCCUCAACGUUCUGGCCCUUUACAUUUUCAUCUUCAGGAUCCGGCCAUGGAAGACGGUCAACGUUUUCAUGUUCAACCUGGCUCUGUCGGACCUGCUCUACGUCCUGUCCCUGCCGCUGCUCGUCCACUAUUACUCCAAAGCCAACGACUGGCCGUUCAGCGAGGUCUUGUGCAAACUCGUCCGCUUCCUCUUCUACACCAGCCUGUACUGCAGCAUUUUUUUCCUGCUCUGCAUCAGCAUUUGCCGCUUUCUCGCCAUCUGUUACCCCAUCCGGUUCCUGACUUGGGGCCACAUCCGCUACGCCAAGGUCGUGUCCGCCGCCAUUUGGGUGGUCGUGAUCAUCAUGCAGUCUCCGAUAUGUUACUUCGUGACGACCAGUCAGUUUGAGGAUACCACCAUCUGCCACGAUACCUCCAGCACGGACCUCUUCGACCAGUUUGUCGUCUUCAGUACGGUGAACCUGGCCUUGCUCUUCUGCGUUCCCUUCACGGUCAUCCUCGUUUGUUACUCUUACAUGGUUUAUAUCCUUACGAAGCGCAGCUCAAAUAUCGCGCAGGUGGCCGCCUCCAAGAAGAAGUCCAUCAAGAUGAUCGUCAUCGUGUUCCUUGUGUUUGCCACAUGCUUCUUGCCAUUCCACGUGACCCGCACCUUGUACUAUUACUUCCGGAAGAUGGACCUUGAUUGCCACGUCUUAGAUGCCAUCAACGUCGCCUACAAGGUGACCAGACCUUUGGCCAGCAUGAACAGUUGUAUCGAUCCGGUUUUGUACUUUUUGGUGUGGAGAUUUAGGUUUAACAACAACAAUAACAACAACAACAAUAGAUGA